ACUUCGCCCUUUCCGGGUUUGGAGUUAACCAUUUCGGUGGCGCAAAGAAAAUACCAAAUACACUGAUUCGACUGUGUUUUUUUGCAAAUGAGCAACUGCCUAUCUUAGCCGCUGUGAUUGGAUACAGUUGGGGUAGUAGGGGCUUAUGCAGCUCCGCCCUCGGCCGCCAGGGGGCGCUGUUGCGUCAGCGGAGCCCGACGUUCUGACGCAGAGGAGCGCUCUUUGGCUCCGACGGCCUGACUCUGUUUCCGGAUGUUAUCGGGGAGCAAGAAUGGCUGCGAUGUUUACGUGUUGUCUAGGCUGCUGCGGAGAUGGCGGAUCCGGGCAUAUUCCCCUUAAAGAGAUGCCGACUGUCCAGUUAGACACUCACCACAUGGGCACAGAUGUUGUCAUAGUGAAGAGCGGCCGGAGGAUAUGUGGCACUGGAGGCUGUCUGGCCAACGCUCCUCUGCACCAGAACAAAAGUUAUUUUGAGUUUAAGAUCCAGUCCACUGGUGUGUGGGGAAUAGGUGUGGCUACACAGAAAGUGAAUCUUAAUCAAGUGCCUAUGGGCAGAGACACAAACAGCCUGGUCCUGAGGCAUGAUGGGUCUGUGUACCACAAUAAUGAAGAGAAGAAUCGCCUACCUGCAAACAGCCUUCCUCAGGAGGGUGACAUUGUGGGCAUCACAUAUGACCAUGUGGAGCUGAAUUUAUAUCUGAACGGAAAGAACAUGCAUUGUCCUGCCUCAGGGAUCCGAGGAACUGUUUACCCUGUUGUUUACGUGGAUGACAGUGCCAUCUUAGACUGCCAGUUUAGUGACUUCUAUCACCCAGCUCCACACGGAUUUGAGAAGAUCCUCUUUGAGCAACAGAUCUUCUAAAGGAGCACUUCAGCCUCAACCCCUCUACGUUGUCUCCCUCCCCUACACCUCUGUGACACUACAGUUUGACCUUGAUUGGAUAAUACUAUGUAUGGCUUGAAUUCCUCUUGUUUUGUUUCCCCCUGAUUACUCUCUACUGAUUGUCUGGAUCGACGUAUCCUUGAAGGAGUGACGAUUUCUAAUCAUUGGUCGGCUAUGACUAUGCUGAUAUUUGACUGUCAAACCAUUACCAUGUGUCAGUGGUAAUCUCCCUGUAUUAACUGACACACUUUCAAUCGCUGCUUACAUUCUCAGUCUGUGUGUAGAUGCCAGAUAGUGGAUCUAAUCGUAAAAUGUUCCCCUUUUUUCUGGAUCAGAAACAAUGUUUUAUUGACAUUGCUAUAUACAUGUGUUUUUGAUUAUUAUAUCCCAAAUGCCAUACUGACAUCUAAGCACACACCCUAUAUUUAUUUGUAUUUAUUUGAGUCACAGACUGAUAUGUCUUUUUGGUUCGACAAAACAUGUUGUUUUAUCGGCAAUCAAGAGUUUGUGAGCUGGAUCAGCUGGCAAUACUGAAACAUCAGUUAACAAUAUCCCAUUCACUUUUAUUUUGCCUUCUUCAUUAAAAAAUACAAUUAGAUUGGGGAUAUUGCAACACUUUUUUAAUUUGUGUCAAUUUUUAAGUUUAAAUUUUAGUUGACACUGAGAUGGUUUAAAUUCUAACAGUAGUUUAGUGCACAUUUCAGGGGACAGACCAGUUGACUAUUCACGGAGAUAUGAUGAGGUGAUAGUGUUAGAAAAUGUUAUGAAAAAUGGCCAACACUAAUAUGUAUUAUCUCGCUUUCUAAAUUCCUUCUAUGAACAGCCCUUUAUAUUUCUCACUCUUCUCUCCCCUGGUGUAUUCCUUCCAAAUAUCAGUAUAUCAACAGAGCUGGUGCUGGCUGUCUCCCAGCAGAGAUAUAUGGUAGGAAAUGUCAAUCUGUUGUGUUGUAUUGGCAUUGCAUAUCUGCUGCUGAAGUGUGACAGUUUAUUUUAAAUGCUUACCUUUUUUUUGUUGCACUAAUAAUGUUAUUGUACAAGCAAAUCCAAAUAUUGUUGAUUCAAUAAACGUUUGUGUCUUGA